GGUUACGAAUUCCAGAAAGUGCGAUACGAAGGUAUAGGUUCUCCGAAAACAAUAUGGAUAAAAUCAGAAUAUUUAUGUUAGCCACGAACGUACGUGCACCAUACACGAAAUGGCGGAUUGCAAAAUCCUUCUUACAUCCCUUAAAUCAAGAAAGUUCCAUUACAUCAACUGCCAUUCUACAAAGAAGCUAUGGACAAUGGAACGAAAACUAUGCGUAUGUUGUUGUGGAUCCAAAUGAUCCGACUUUGAUGUUAUCAUUAACCCAACAUCAGUAUGUGUCCUUACUUCAAGUGAUUAUUAGACAGCGUGAAACGCUAAAAGUCAUUCUAACACCUGAUGAUCAUCGGUACCCGACUCGUGACAAAGAGUAA